AUGUCGGAGAACAUUUCGAAGGCGAGCAUCACCUCAGGUGUUGAGGAGGAUAAAGUUGAAACAUAUGGAGACGACCCAGCCCUUGAAGCAAAACUUCGGAGGAAAUUCGAUCUGAUGAUCCUACCUAUUGUUACUGGAAUAUUCCUACUCGCUUUUAUUGAUAGGGCGAAUGCCGGCAAUGCACGAAUCCUUGGUAUGGCUAAGGACUUGGAUCUUAGCGGAUACCGGUUUAAUAUUGCAAUGACCGGCUUCUACUGUAGCUACAUCGUUCUUGAGAUCUUUGGGUUCGGUAUAGUUACGAUGUGCACGGCGUUCAUCACAUCGUAUGAAGGCCUUGUCGUCGGGAGAGUAUUCCUUGGGGCACUUGAGUCUGGGAUCAUGCCUGGAAUCAGCUUCACCCUCUCUCAAUUUUAUCGCCGACAUGAGCUUGCAACCAGGAUAGGAUUUUACUCCAGCGUUGCGCCUCUCAGCGGUGCAUUCGGCGGGCUCCUGGCCACUGGCCUUAAUAAAGUCCCUAAAUGGGGAAUGGUCCAUGGUUGGAGGAAUAUUUUCUUCUUCGAGGGCCUGCUCUCCAUCAUUCUCAGCGUGAUAUCAUACACCAUGUUACCGAAAUCGCCGGCUACAGCAUCAAGUCUUACACCGGAAGAGCGAUCUUACGCCGCAUGGCGCAUCGCCGAAGAGAGCAGAUCUCAUGUUCCGCAAAAGACUUCAUCGAAACACUUUAAAAUGGCUGUGUUCAACAUCAAUGUCAAUAUAAUGGCAUUUGCUUGUACCUGCACAUUCCUUACCAUGACUUCACUGUCCAUUUUCCUUCCAUCCAUUCUGAACAGCAUGGGAUACAGCCCUGUCCAGUCACAGCUGAUGUCUGUGCCCCCAUUCGCGUGGUCUGCCGCUAUCUGCCUCGCCAUCGCGUAUAUCUCUGAUCGAACCAAGUCUCGUGGUCUCUGGCUUCUGACAAUCAUGCCCUUCACCGCCGCUGGCUUCCUGGUACUGAUCCUGGCGACCAAGCCGGCCAUCCUCUACUUUGCUACCUUCCUUACGCUCACUGGAUCAUUCACUUGUGCACCAAUGCUUGUGGCUUGGGCUGUCGAUAACACUGCUGGCUCCAACGUCCGUGCUGUGAGUUCCGCUUAUGUGGUCAGCAUUGCAAAUCUCGGAGGAAUCGUGGCCACAUGGACAUAUCUGCUUCCGGAUGCACCCAGGUAUAUUUCUGGCCAUGCAAUCAACUUCGGGGCAGCAGUGGUGUGCUGUGUUCUGAUGACUAUUGCAACAAUAUAUCUCAGAUGGCAGAACAAGCUGAAGGCAAGGGGUCACUACGACUAUUUGUUAGAAGGGCUCAAUGAGGAAGAGCAGGCUGCGUUGGGACAUAACCAUCCCAGCUACAAGUACACGCCGUAACGCCGAGCUGGAGAAAAUAAGCUAAGGGAUGAUUGUGUUAUUAUGUGUGUGUACAGAUCAGUUUAGAAGAAACAUCAUUCCUCUAUUGGACUUCAUAA